CAGACGAUCGACAGUCUGCUUUCUCAACGUGGAAAGAAAUAAUUCAAGUUGUUUUUGACAUAUGCGAAAUUGCGAAUCAACUGAAAAGUGUUUCGUAUUAUCUGAAAUACGUAAAGUGGUUAAUCAUUAAAGGGAAAUGUCCUCUUUGGAACUUGCAGAUGGCUUGGAAGGACUGAAAAGUUUUAUAGCUCUCCAUCAAGCACAGUUAAAGUCCUCUGGUGUUCCUGAAAUUUAUUGGGAGACCUUGUAUUGGAAGCUAAAGAAUAGCAUUUUUGAUGCUGGGGAGUGCUUUAGCUUAGCACAAAUUGAUGAAGAUGAUAACAUUGUGAGUAAUGCUUUCAACAAAUGGAAAGUUCUAGUUACAUGUUCAGGAGGUGUUGUUGCAGCAGAUCCAAAACAUAUCUAUCUUGUUGACCAUGCUUGGACAUUUCGACCAGAUCAAGUUAGGAGCCACUUGCUUAACAUCACAGGCCUCCUUGCUAGGAUGUGUAACCUCAUGGAUGUUGCUUAUUCUGCUGAGAGUGAUAAUAUUGAAGAAAUUGUUAAGAAAGUUAUGGCCAGCAUGUGGAAGUACAGUCAAACAUAUAGCAUUGGUAACCAAAAUCUUGAAGCCGAGGAGCGUCUCCCCAUCUGGUACAUUUUGGAUGAAUUUGGAUCACGGAUUCAACAUUCUGAUCAUCCGACCGUUCGUCUUGUUCCAUUUUUCUUUAUGUCCGAACAAGCUACCUAUUCGAUCAUGUUCCCUUUGAGUGAUCUUGAUGAAAACGACGAAGUUACCCGUGAUUUCGUUGAAGGUUCAGGAGCUGAUGAAAUUAGUCGGUCAGCAUUAUUACAUCCGUGGUCCGAGGAAUUUUCUCAAGAAUUCCUUGCUUCCGUUGAUCUAGAACAAGUCGAGCCUUCACCGGACUACUUCUCCGCUAGUCGAAUGACUGAAACGCUUCCGAAUGCCGAUAUUGAAAUACCUGGCCUACCGAGUGAUAGACCUAUCCGCACUUACGUUGAAUAUGUGUUCAUUCGCGACUAUCUGAAACACCCUAGAUUUCAAUUGGUAGAUAAUUCUGAUGAAGCAGAAAUUCUUUGGCUCUCAUCACAUUUCAAGGAUUUCAAGCAGCUAAGCGAAAACUUUCCGUUUAAAAGGAUUAAUCAAUUUCCCUGUGAACAUCUGCUGACUGUUAAGGAUCUACUUUGCGUUAUUGCUCGAAGGUCCAGUAUUAGUUCCAAAAGAGAAAUUUUGGAAAACGAACCAUCUUGGCUUCCAACGACAUUUAAUUUGAAAACAGAGCUUCCUAAACUAGUGGCUUACUUUCUCGCGCAAGAAAAAUUGGGAACACCGAAUUAUUGGAUCAUUAAACCAUGGAAUUUAGCGCGUAGCAUGGACACUCACAUCACUGACAAUCUCGAUAUGAUAUUACGUUUAGCCGUCAGUGGACCCAAAAUUUGUCAGCGGUAUAUAGAGAGGCCGGUACUUUUUUAUAGAGAAGAUGUUAACGCCAAAGUCAAGUUCGACCUGCGCUACAUAAUUCUUCUCAGUUCAACCGAACCUUUGAAAGCCUUUGUCUAUCAGCGAUUCUGGAUUCGUUUCGCCAACAAGCCUUUCGAACUGGAUCAUUUUGACGAAUAUGAACGCCACUUCACGGUUAUGAACUAUUCCCCUACCAAUUUACACCAGAUGUUUUGUCAUGACUUCAUUCGCUAUUUCGAAGAGCAAAAUCCAGGUCAAGAAUGGUGCAAAGUGGAGAAAAGAAUAUUUGCCAUGUUAUCUUCUUUGCUGAAAUCAAGCGUAGAAAAGAAAGAUAAUGCGCCUCAUAUUCCUGCCGCCCCGCAAUCCCGUGCAAUGUAUGCAGUCGAUUUAAUGUUAGCGUGGACAGAUAAUGUUCUAGAUGGUGACGACAGUGGACCAUCGAUACAGCCCAUGUUGUUGGAAGUUAACUGGGCUCCGGACUGUAAACGCGCAUGCGUUUACUAUAAAGAGUUCUUUGAUGAUGUUUUUUCCGUGUUGUUUCUCGAUGAAACUGAAGGAAAGCAUGUUCAUUUGUUGGAAUAAAAAGCUGGUUCCAAUCUG